UCCCCAAACACAACCACCCGCCCCAGUCACCAUGUCCGACUCAGAUCUUUCCACACCACCUGCAACGGACGACGAGAUGCCGGUCCCGGAUCUGCCUGCAAAGGCGACGAAGGCGUCACCCCAAAAGAAGAAGAAGAGCAAGAACACCACCAUUCUCUCCUUCUUCGACAAGAAGCAGCGUUCGCCCACUCCUCCGCUGCGCAAGAAGCGCGCGCCUUCUCCACCACAUGAAGCCGUUCCAGAGGACAAUCCUGACAUUGCUUUCAUAGUAAUGUUCCGAUCGCGAUUUUCUGACGCAUUUCCUCCCCGGUGCCCUCACCUUGGGCCGCAGGACCUUGAGCGAGGCGUUGCGGCAGACCUACCAACGCCCGAGGUUGAGGCCCUCCUUUGCGCCCUGCUCGGCCUGGUCAACAAUCGCAAGAAGCCCGUCGAGAAGGGCCACUAUGGUCGCGCCCUCGAGGAAGCCGUCCAGACACAGAAGUCCCAGUGGCCGCGCAAAUGGAAUCACAUCAAUCCUUUGCAUGGCGGUCGGAACUUCAACAACAUGUCGCCUACGGAUCGCCUCGACCUCCUCAAGGCCCUCGUGUCGUGGAGCCUCAACCAGUCCGAGCUCAUUGUCAACAUGAUCAAAGACGGCUACAAGUCCCGGACGUCCAAAGACCCCCGCGACACGAACAUCCCGCUCUCCGUGCAGCCAUGGGGCAAAGACGGCGAUAAGCGACGCUACUGGCUCAUCGAGGGCCAGGACGACACACCGUUCCGCGUCUAUAGGGAGAGCAACCCCGCCUUGAAGCACGUCUCAUGGUGGAGCGUCGCAGGAUCUAUCGAAGAGAUCCGAGCGCUUGCGCAGAAGUUGCAGGAGGAGGACGGCACUCGCGAAGCCAAGGCCCUGGGUGAGCGCAUGCUCGCCGCCAUCCCGCGCUUCGAGGCUACGGAAGAGAAGCGCAAGAAGCGCAUGUACCGCCUCGAGCGCAAGGCCAAGUUGGAACGCCCUGUACUGGGCUACUCCCUCUACGAAGGCCGCACCCGUGGCAAGCGCAUGCGGUAUACGUUCGAUGAGAACGAAGAUGAGGAUUCCGAUGCUGGCGUUAGGCGGUCGACGCGCAAUUCUGGCAGGGAAACCUCCGCUGGACCCAGCGCCCCCACCAUCACUGCCAGCGGCCGCCAGGUCCGGUCCCGCGCGACUGGCAUGUACGGCGAGACUCUACUCAGCGGACAAACCAUCGAGGGUGCCUCGCCUGCCACAGGCGACUAUGUACGCUCGGACGGUUCAGAAGAGCCAGAUCGACCUGGCCAUGGUCGCUCGACGCGCGCAGCUGGCCGGGGCGGUGGUGCAGCAAAUACCAAGAAGCGCAACUUCGAGUCGUAUCACGACGAAGACAUCAGCGAAGAGGAGGAUGCUACGUCUUGGAAUGGCGACGACGAAGACGAGGACGAGCCUGAGCAGAUGGACCUGGACGAGUCCGACGAGUCCGACGAGGAACCCUCGGAGACCGAAGACGAGCCACACUCCCUGCUCGUGCGCCUCAAGAUCGGAAAGGUAGCCUCUAGCUCUUUCGAAAAGGGCUCCAUUCCGAACAAGGAGGGCAAUGUCAACAACGAGGAUGCUUCACAAUAUGUUCCCGUUAAUACUGGCCCGCCGCUGUCGGGGAUGGACGCUGCCCGCACACAGACUCUUGCAGCCCCAGUGCCUGCGCCUGCAGCGACUGCAGCGCCUAUACCCCAACCGCUACCACCACCCACCUCCCUCGUCGCCCAGAUUCCUGCGGACCACAACCCUUUCUCGGCGCCAGAGCCUCCGGCGCUCCCGUCGAUGGCCCAGCUCAACGGUCUCCCUCCGCAGCCUGUGCAGCCCGGCGCUUUCCCUCCCGCCGCUGCGCUUGCACCUAUGACCGCUCCCAUGGCCGCGCCUAUGGUCGCUCCGCCGAUCGCCGCCGCCACGCAGCUCGCUCCCCCGAACGGCGAGACUCACACACUUCCACCCCUGGGCUCCAUUCUGAACGCUCCUACAUACGCCGCCGAGGAGGCACCUAUGCUCCAGGCUCAGCCUUCGUUCCCUCCCACCAACCCGGAUGCGCAGCGCUCGCCCAAGGCGUUCGCACACACGUUGCCGGCUCCCACUCCCGCCGCCAACUGGCAGUAGUAUUGACUGUUGGCGAAAAAGUAGUGUCAUUUGAGCGGAGAUACGCCGCGGCCACGGUUGGAGAUGCGCGUCCACUGGAUGUUGUUGCCUGAGUAGACUUUGGUCGCACAGGGCAUCUCCUCCGCGUCUGUUUUAUUAUCCGCUGUCGGCGCUGGAGGAUGUAUAUUUGUCAUGGAACUCAAUGUUUUUCACGUUGUACUUGUACUUGUAUAGAAUCAAAGCGCGCCCACUGCUAGGGCAUGACUAUGGCGCUUUGAAAGGGGGUUUUGAUUGGGGAGGCGCGCUUGGAAUACCUGGGUUUGUCGUCACCUAGGUGGACUACAGAGUGUUUCGUCUACGGAUUAGGGACCGAGGAGAGGAUAUAAUUGCAGAGCAGUGAUC